GCAGGUUUUUAGUUAGGUGCAGUUGAUAUGAAUCUAGCUGGGAGUCCCCAAGACUCAGAACUGAACAUAGACAUUCAUAUCGACCUAACACAGUUUUAGUUUUUAUUUCGUUUUGUCUCAUAUUUCUUUUUACAUUAGCUGUACAUUUGUGUAUAUAGAUUUUAUUUUAUAUUUUUAUACAACAAGUCAACAAGAUGGAACUUAAUUCUCUUUUAAUUCUCCUGGAGGCUGCAGAAUACUUGGAAAGAAGAGACAGAGAAGCAGAACAUGGUUACGCGUCUGUUUUACCGUACAAUAGCGACUUUUCCCGAAAGAAAACGAAAGCUUCGACAAUUUCAAGAAAAACACAGAACAAUAGAUCGUCACACAACGAGCUGGAGAAACACAGACGUGCCAAACUACGGCUGUACCUUGAGCAGCUGAAGGAGCUGGUGCCUUUGGGUCCGGACAGCACUAGACACACCACACUGAGCCUGCUGAAAAGGGCCAAGAUGCACAUCAAGAAGCUGGAGGAGGCAGACAGAAAGGCUCUGAACACCAAAGAGCAGCUCCAGAGAGAGCACCGCUACCUCAAACGCCGUCUGGAACAGCUGGUGGUGCCGGGCGGUGUGGAACGCAUCCGGACCGACAGCCUGGGCUCCACCAUCUCCACCGACUCAGAGCAAGAGGUGGACAUUGAAGGCAUGGAGUCCCCCCUGGGCGAGGGUGAGCUUGGUGAGGGGGACAGCGUGGACGAGAGCAUCAGCGACGACGGCCUCCUGGACGGCGAAGAGGAGGAGGAGGAGGAGGAGGAGGACUACAACCUGCAGAGCAGCUCCAGCGAUGCCAGCUACACACAGCAUUCCUCCCACAGACUGCAGCCGCACCACUGCUAGGGGCCACCAGAGGGCCCCUGAGGGCCACACCUCCAAACAGCCCUCUAUGACCCCAGCCCCGGGUACCCCUCCUAUUCCCUUCCUACCCCUCCCAACAUUGCUCCAACACGCACCCCCCCCAGCCCACGCUACGCCGUCAUCAGCCACCCCCCAGCAAAUAGCGGCUGUGGUCCAUCCUCCCCCGCCCAUCCUCAACGUCCCCAUUGGCACCAGGAAGUAGACUGUAGAGGUUCCUGUCGUGGCUGACUUCCUGACUUUCUCCUGUCCUAACCCCUACACCACUCACCCUACCUCACCCCCAUCCUAUCACCCUGUAUCCUCUUAUCUUGCCUAACCUGUCCCCCAGACCUCCCUCACCUCUACCUGUUGUUGUUGCCGCAGGCUCGGAUAUAGCAGAGCAGUUUGUGGUUUUGUUGGGGACCUCUGUGGUGUGGUGGCAGACAGCUUUGACUUGUCAAUGGGAACUCAGCGUGUGUGUGUUUAACUGUGUGUGUGUGUGUUUGUGUGUGUGUGUGUGUGUGUGUGUGUGUGUGUGUGUGUGUGUGUGUGUGUGUGUGUGUGUGUGUGUGUGUGUGUGUGUGUGUGUGUGUGUGUGUGUGUACGAGGUAUAGGAUAGAACAUUAGCUGGGGACAAACUUCAACUUCAACUCCGUCAUUUGAAUGAGGCACACACUUUCUGAUGGAGAACAAAUUAUAAUGUUCUAUUGGAAUGUUCAGUUGGAAUGUUCUAUUGGAACAAUUCUCUUAAUCUACAAACCCCAAUCUGUGUUACCAAAUGUACUGGACAUUAUCUGAGGGGUGAAUAUUUAUAAGGGCAGCACAUUGAUACCUCCCUCUGGCUGAGUUCCCUAACCACUACUCCACACUACUGACCACGACACUAUAAGUGUGUCUGAAAUGGCGCCCUAUUCCUUAUAUGGUGGAAGUGUCUGAAAUGGCGCCCUAUUCCUUAUAUGGUGGAAGUGUCUGAAAUGGCACCCUAUUCCUUAUAUGGUGGAAGUGUCUGAAA